CAAUCAUUGUUUGUUUACACAUCACAUCACAACACAUGGCCACUGGCCACCAUACCACCACGUUCUCCGUGUCCUACCUCAAUCUCACAAACUCAAUCUCAAUUUUUCUGCUUCCAGAACGCGAACAGUAAUACUGACUUAAUGCAAAAUCUGGUCCAUAGUUUCUGCAAACUCAAGUGCCUCCUUCAGCAGCUCUUACAUUAAUUCAACCUCUGAAACAUUGUCCGCAAAUCACAAUGCGAACAUCAGGAUUUUAUGAUUUGAACAUUCCACUAAGUCUCAUCGAAGGAAAGUCAGUAUCACUUUCCAAAGUGUGUGAAAGGUUGUAUGACUUUGGAUAUCGCACAAUUGCAUUCAACCGAAGUGUCCACUUGACUGCUGAUAUGUUUUUCAAGACAAAGAAAAAACGGAAGCUGAUGGAAACUGACGUUCCUGAAAACUUCCCGAAAGAAGUAGACCCUGUACCGCCUCCUGAAAGAAUCAAUUUACCUGAGCAUUUACAAGGAAAACUCCAAGUCUACAACCGUGUAACAUUCCAUGUGGCCGAAAUCUCAAUUCUAGACAAAUUAAAUAAAAAUGGCAACCUCAGAGAUUACCAUUUCUUAGCCAUCUGUCCAAUGAAUGCAGAGUGUUUUGAGGCCAUUUCAAGUUUACCCAUGGAUUUGGACAUAAUAGAAAUUAGCACAGAGUCUCGGAGUUUGUCAAAUAUUAUUUCUAAUAAAUUACGGAACAAAAUUACAGAGAAAAACUUGUAUGUAGAGGUUAAAUAUUCGCCUGCUGUAAAUGACAUCGAUUAUUUAAAGAACACCUUAAAUUUUUCACAUUCACUGCAUAGGUUUCAGUUUUCCAAGAAUAUAAUAUUCACGAGUGGAGCUGAAUCUCUGUCACAUAUCAGAGGCCCGUACGAUGUUAUAAACUUAGGUGUACUUUUCGGAUUUUAUGAAGGACCAGCUAAAGCAGCCAUUUCUACCACUUGCAGGUCUCUUUUUUUGAAAGCAGAGGAAAGGUGGUACGGGAAAGUGCCAGUUGUAUUCAAAGCUACAAGUUUGGUGGAGCGGAAAAAUGACCACGAAAAUGAAUUGGAACCAAAAAAGAAACGACCGAAAGAUGAAUCCAUGGAAGUCUAUUGAAGAAUCUAGUCAUAAGUGCCAAAAUUCAAAUCAAGUGAUUUUUCUCUCAUCCUUAUUAUUGCUUUAAAAUUCCAUUAAUAAAAAAGACAUUAAUAUAAUUGUUUCCUCUUUGAAUUAACUAACGAUUCAGUAGAAAUGCAAAAAUUACUACCUUUAAAGAAUGCCCUGUAUCAUUCCAUAAUUGAAUUGAUACUUUUCUUAAUGGCCCAACCGUCAAAUUCUAAGUUUUGAGAAAAACAGAAAAUCAUGCCUUUUGGCAUACGCUCGAUCUUUUGAGUCUAAAAUAUGUACGAGUUUGAAAUAUGUGUACCUAUUGAGACUGGGUUCAAAAGAUUAAAGCAGGCGGAGAGGCACAAUUUUUCUUGUUUUCUCGAGGCUUGGAUUUUGGCGCUUGGGACCUUUAGAGAAGUCUUUAUUCAAUGGGACUGUGAGCAAACCAUGAAAAUGGUCCAAAGUGACGGAUAAUGAUUGGCCCCUUUUUCACUCCUUAGCCCUGUUUACAAAGAAAACAGGAGGAAAAAGAUGGUUUAGUGCUGAGGAUGAGUUGAGGUGGGAACUGAAGAGUGCCAAUCUGUUGUUUUCCGUUGCCUGAAAUUAUUCUAUUUAAUCAACAAUCUAUGCAAUCUGUCGUUUUCCAUUGCCUGAAAUUAUUCUAUUUAAUCAACAAUCUAUGCGCAUCUCUCAAUGGGAAAAUACAUUUGUAAAAUCUCAGUUUAUUGCCCUGAGCCUAGGUCCUUUUUAUCAACCAGUGUCCAAUGAUGACUUAGAAAGUACAAAUGCAGAUAACCCA